AUGAACGAACAAGCUGUUGAAGAAAGAAGAAUUGUAGUUUCUAUUGGAGGAGGGCAUGCCACCGGAGUGGGCGCAAUUGCAGUAGAUCUUCAAAACACCUUUAAGGAUUUAUAUAAUUAUAUUAACAUAAGAGUAAUAAAUCUAGACAAUAUGAUAGAGGGAAACAUCAAGAGCUACAAUAGUAGCGACUAUGAUUUUGAUAACAUUCUCAACCUAGUCUAUGAAAAGCAUGCCAUAACUUCACAAAAUGAUAUGAUACAGCAUGACUAUGAAGACCCAAUAGAUUUGAUAAUUGUAUGUGGCUGUUAUGCGUUAUAUGAUAAACGAAUCAAUGAAAUUUCCCACUUAAAGGUAUUUUUGGAUAGCGAUGCGGAUAAACGGUUAGUUAGUUUGAUCAGAAAGAAGAAUGUGGAAAGUAAUGAACAGUUAGCCCAAUUGAUUACUGAAUAUAUGGAUCACUUGCGCCCGGAGAUGCAACAAUAUAUAGAACCCACUAGAACUUUCGCAGACCUUAUCAUCCCUUCCACGAAUGAAAAUCUGGGGCGUGCCAUUCUUGUAGAUGGUAUAGUGAAAGCAAUCGAGGAGACUAAAAGACGUAUGGGAGAAGCCAGCAAUACGAACAGUGACGUACGCCCACGUUUAUGGGACUUCGAGGCAGAGACAAUGGACCUAGAAAAAGAUAGAUAUUACGACCUAUCGUGA